AUGAGCAGUGUAACAGAUACGGAUAUAUUUCUUUCACAGAAUUAUGAACACUUGCAUGAAUUAGAUCAAAAUACAUCAAAUACUGACUGUGAUAAUUACGACAAUAAUAACCGUGAAUUAUUUACUUCAACUUCAGUACACAACAGAAUUAAUCAAAAUGUUAUAAAUAACCAAAUGUUAGUGCAUCAAGGUGCUUUACUUGACCUUUCAGCUUCAAUGAACUCACCAUUUACAACUUCCGGUACAUAUCGAUCACAAAAGUCGGAUUAUUCUACUUGUCAUCAAUAUAAUUUACUCAUAAGCAGUAUGAAAAAAAAAUCAGUGACAGACAGAGAUACUUCACAUUUGAAUACAAAAAAUGAACAGAAUGACGUUGAUAAAUCACUUAGCCCAAACAUUUAUCCAGAAUGUUUACAGAACUUAAAUGAAGAAACCAAUAUCGACUUUUUAAACGAUCACGAUGAUGAUGAUUUGGAUAGGGAAUUAGCUGAACCGGAAUUAGGUGAGAAGUUAUUCUCUAUGACGGAAAAUCCGAUAAAUCAUUUGAAUUCCCCGUCAUCGGUAAAUAAAUCUGCAACAGUUAAACCUCCAUACUCUUAUAUUGCGCUGAUUACUAUGGCAAUAUUACACUCACCGAAACGAAGACUAACAUUAUCUGGUAUAUGUGAUUUUAUCAUGUCCAACUUUCCUUAUUACCGUGAACGAUUUCCAGCGUGGCAGAAUUCAAUUAGACAUAAUUUAUCUUUAAAUGACUGUUUUAUCAAAGUGUCACGCGAGCCUGGUAAUCCUGGUAAAGGGAAUUAUUGGACAUUGGAUCCACAAUCUGAAGAUAUGUUUGAUAAUGGCAGUUUCUUAAGACGUCGUAAACGUUAUAAACGCUCACUGACAAGAGUAGAUUCUAGAAGAUUCGAUCAACAAAACCAUCAACGUCAAUAUUAUCAUCGCCAACAACAUCAACCAGAACACGAUCAUUAUAACUGUCAUCAGUUUGAUCCAGUGUCUAACGAGAUAAAAAGUGGAGAUAAAAAUAGUUUUUAUUAUACAGCAGGGCCAAAAUCCCUAUCUCAAAAUGAAUUGAUAACACUAACAACAACCUCUAUGGAAAAAGAAAAUGAUUUAAAGCUUAUAAUUUCUUACUCUACAACAUCAUCUGUCUGUAACCCCCCUAUUUGUCCACUGACCAGUUAUUCAAUGAUUCCACCACCAAAUUUCUUACUUUCUAAUUUAAAUGAAGGUGACUUGGAAAACUUUAAGGAUACAAUUUUAAACUCCUUAUCUUUGUUCCACCAGCAUAACAAUAAUAAUAGUAAUAAUAAUAAUAAUAAUAAUAAUAAUAACAAUCAAUAUUUUCAUCAAUUACAAGAGAAUGAAUCGUUUUUAAAUUUUCUCCAUUUUCCGUCCAUUUCCCAAGUGACUAUAAAUCAGUAUCAGAAAACAAAUAAUACAAUCGAAUCGCAUAGUACCACAAAUAAAGUUGAUUUUAGAUCAGUGACAAAAGUUCCAAACAACCCUAAUUUGGAUAAAUUUUCAAUCGAUUACUUACUAGACACAGGACGAAAAGAAAAUGUUUCUUGCUUGCAAGGAAUCCACAAGGCCUAA